UGCAUGUUUUUCCCGUGGUUGCUGUGGAUUUUUCACCGGGUCCUCCGGUUUCUCCCUGCGCAUUUAGAAACACGGGUUUAGAGAGUAUUUGAAUGCCAUACAUUUCCACGCGAUAAGCCACCUCGCUGAGCAAUCGUUUGUGACCAGGUCACUUCUGAAAAAAGAGCUGUACAGCUCAGUGGGCCUUAACCUUGUCCAGUAAAAAAAGUAAGUUAUAUUUUAAAUAAUUACGUGAGUGAAUCGCUGCAAUGAAAGUGAGGACUUUCGUUUAGAGCUUUGACUCCCAGCCACGUACCAAGACGUCAAAGGGAUGGGAGCCACCACCAUCCGCAGGAACAUCUGCCACCUCGUGCACCUGUGGAUAAAGGAAACCCCAGAGCUGUUUGACCUGGACCAGCGCCUGGCCGAGUCCAUGCAGGAAUUCCACAAGGUGGCCAGCCGGAUCGGCGGUCUCCACCACGCCUCCCUCAUCGACAUCUCCCACAUCCCGUCGUGCGAUUGGCUGCGGAGGGUGACGCGACGCCCGCACCCGCAGAAGAGGAGGAAGAUGUCGCUGCUGCUGGACCACCUCCACGCGCUGGAGCUGGCCGAGCUCCUCACCUUCCUGGAGUACAAGUACUUCCGUCGUGUCUCUUUUGCGGACUACAGGAGCUUCGUGGUGCGGGGCUCCGUGGAAGGGGUCCCGGCACUCGAGAGAUCCAUCUCCCUGUUCAACGGCGUGAGCCAGUGGGUGCAGCUCAUGGUGCUGAGCAAGCCGCUGCCGGCCCAGCGGGCGCAAGUCUUCCGCUCGUUCCUCAGCCUCGCACAGAAUCUGCUGCGGCUACAGAACUUCAACACGCUCAUGGCGGUGGUGGGGGCUCUCAACCACAGCUCCAUCUCCAGGCUGCGCGACACAAUCGCUUUCCUUCAAGUCGAGGACAACAGGGUCUUGCUCGAAUUGACGGACUUGCUGUCCGUGUCGGGGAACUACCGCAGCUACCGGCAGGCGGUGUCUCAGUGCGAGGGCUUCUGGCUGCCCGUUCUGGCCGUUCACCUCAAGGACCUGGUGUCUCUGCAUGCUGCCCUGCCCGACUGGCUCAGCGGAGAGAGGAUCAACCUCGCCAAGAUGCAGCAUCUGCACGCCACCUUCAGCCCGCUGAUGAACCUGCACCACACCCCGCCGCAGAUCGAACCCAACAUGGACCUUGUUCACCUUCUCACGGUGUCUCUGGAUCUGUAUUACACAGAGGAGGAGAUUUAUGAGCUGUCGGUCGUGAGGGAGCCUCGAAACGGCAAGGCAACGCGUUCGACUCCAAAUAAGCUGAAACUCUCCUUGGAUUGGACCAGGGAAGCUCAGCCCAAGCCAGACCCUGCCGCCAUCAAUCGCCACAUCCGUCAGAUGGUGGAGACCGUGUUCAAAAACUACGACCACGACCACGACGGCUACAUCGCGCAAGAGGAUUUCCAAAACAUCACCGCCAAUUUCCCCUUCCUGGACUCGUUCUGCUUCCUGAGGAGGGAUCGGAUCGGUCAGGUGAGCAAGGAGGAGAUGAUGGGCUACUUCCUGCGAGCGAAUUCUCUGCGCUGCAAGCUGGGCAAAGGGUUCACCCACAACUUCCAGGAGACCACGUACCUCAAGCCCACCUUCUGCGAGCACUGCGCUGGCUUUCUGUGGGGCCUAGUGAAGCAAGGCUUCAAGUGUAAAGACUGCGGCGUGAACUGCCACCGGCAGUGCAAGGAGCUGGUGAUGGAGUGCGCGUCGAGCGGGCGGCACGGAGUGGGGGCCACGUCGCCAUCCCCGUCCCUCACGUCCCUGUCGGAGACGCCCAGCCCGGACAACGCCCCUGACCUGUGCGCCCUGCUGAAGUCCAGAAAGGGCAGUGACGGCAAUGAGAGUUCCCUCACCCUGCUCACCAGCUCUGCUCAGAGGAUCUCCGUCAAGGUGCACCACUCCACCGUCAACAGGGCCUCGCAGACAGACCACUGGCUGUCCCCUCCCCCGCUUCCUAAGCGUCAUCGUGCUGUCGACGCGGAGGAACCGCCCGCGUUGGAGAAUCGCCUGGUUCGCUACGGGGGCCGAUGCGCGCACGCGGAGCAGCCGGGCUCGGACUCCGCGUUCGUCAGGGGGAAGGUGGUGCAGAGGCUCCAGAAUUCCAGGCCGCGGGUCUCGGAGAAGGACUCUCAGCUGGACUUCGGUGCCUUACCUAACAGGGUGCAGCCUCUUCCGAAGCUGCUGCUGCCCGACGCCCCGGACGCUUGGGAAAUCUCUCAGCUGUGUUCGCCCGAAUCCCAGCUGCAGCGUGCGGGAGGGAGAACCGACAGCUGCCUCAAAUAUCGGGCAGAAGCUUCCCUGCGGACACUCGUGACACACACGAAGGCCUUGCAGAUGGAAGAGCGCUGCAAGAAGUUGGAGGGCAAGAACGCCGAGCUUCAAGAAGAGACGUGCAGGUUGCAGAUGGAACUUGCUGCCGCCUACAAAAGCCUCGCAUCUUUAAAACAUCACAUUCAGUCGAUGUGUGAGAAAAGCUCCAGUUUCAUCACGGAGCAGAUGGAAAUCCUGCAGCUAGAUUACCAAGACUGACAGAACUCAUGCGCCGCGCCUGUGUUUGUGUGUGUACGAAUGUGACGCAUCUCUGAUUAGCGCGGUUGGCUACAUACGGCGUGAAGGAAGUUCAGCGUACGUACAUACAGGCUCCAUUCGGCCCAAUUUGAAUAAAUAUCCACGUAGGGUUGCCCUGAUAUGGCGAUACUGCGAUAUAUCGUACGAUAUAAGAUCCAUGGUAAUCAUAUCGUCAUAUGAUUAUCAUUGCUCGUUGAUUUUUUUCCUAAGUAAUUCUUUACCGGGCCUAAUAGUUACGAAUUAGCAAGUUAAUGUUCACAGGAAUAAUUUAAGUUUUAAAAAGGUUGUUUUAACCGUUAAAUGAGCGUUUCUAGAAACGUUUUCCGGAGAAAUUUAUGGGUUGGUGAUUAUAUGGCAUCAUCGUUUUGUGAUGGCAUGUGCAUUAUAAGUGUGAUAGAUUGUAAAUUUACAAUGAUUAGGAAACUCGGGACAGACUCGUGUUGAGCGAACUACGGUUUAGUAAGCAAUGUGCACUUGAUAUACAUCAGCAAGCACAACAAAGACUAAACGUAAAAUUACAAAGUUGAUUGAAACUGAUGUUCCGAUACUCGGCGUAAAUCGUGAAUUGUAUUAUCACAUCACAUCACAAACAAUUGACGUCCUAUUCUUGGGUCUUUCGGUAAAGUCACGUAGAUAGGUUCUAAGAAAAUAUAAAAAAUAACAAAAAACGACGACGUU